AGAAACAUGGUUCAAGGGAAGAAACUAUAAAUGAAAUCUGAUGAUAUAAUGAAAGCUGGUGAUCACUUAUGCUGAGAUUUUAAUGGAAGAACUGCAUUUGUGAAGCACGUUUGGAAGACAUUCUUGAAAGUGUUUUUGAAGUGGGUUUUGAAAGAAAGGGUUAAUGCCUGUGUCUGAGGGAGUAGCAAUAAUGCAGCUGGGCAACUUUGCUAUAGUUGCCAGCAGCAGCAUUCUAUACAUUCUGGAGUCCUGAGAGUGGCAAUUCUGGAGUCUUAAAGAGAGAAGAUGUAAGUGAGAAAGCCAGGAGAGACUGAAGUAAGAGUUUCAGCAGAAAAAGUGUUUAAUAAUGGUGUGAAGAUAUACUUCGAAGGUAGCAAGUGCAGAUGGUGUGUAAUUUCAAAAGAUAAUAAUGAAGAUAGGCAUAAAGCGGUAGCUUAAAGCAGAGGUGAAAUUGUGUCAGGAGAAGAGCUUUAAAGCAAGCUGAAUUUGGAUAGUGAAAUGUUUGGGAUAUUUUUGAUAAGCAAAAUACUCAGUUUAUAAAUUACUCUUGUUGGAAUGAUUGCUUCUGUGUAAGAACUUGCUGAUUUUUAAAACUCUCCUUUUUUGUUGUUUUGUUUUUUUUUUACUGUUCAGAAUUUAAUGCUUUUCUGCAGAAGAGGAGAGCAGCUAACUCCACACUGUGCUUCAAAGGAACCAGGUUUCACCCCUAAACCUCACACUUUAACAACUUCUGAAGUGUAAAAGGCAAACGUACAAAUGUCUACCACAAGACUAAAGUGUGCUAUGUUAUGUUUUUUACCAUAAGCACCCAUAAAAUGAGCUCCAUUGCAGACAGAAAUGAUGGAAGCAUUUUUGAUGGGCUGGUGGAAGAAGAUGACAAAGAUAAAGCAAAAAGAGUGUCUAGGAACAAGUCUGAAAAGAAACGUCGAGAUCAGUUUAAUGUACUUAUCAAAGAGCUGGGUUCCAUGCUUCCAGGUAAUGCUCGGAAGAUGGAUAAAUCCACUGUACUGCAGAAGAGCAUUGACUUUUUACGGAAGCACAAAGAAAUUACUGCGCAGUCAGAUGCCAGUGAGAUUCGACAGGACUGGAAACCGACAUUCCUUAGUAAUGAAGAGUUCACACAGUUAAUGUUAGAGGCUCUUGAUGGUUUUUUUUUAGCAAUUAUGACAGAUGGAAAUAUAAUAUAUGUGUCUGAAAGUAUAACUCCCUUACUUGAACAUUUGCCAUCUGAUCUUGUGGAUCAGAGUGUAUUUAAUUUUAUCCCAGAGGGGGAACAUUCAGAAAUUUAUAAAAUAUUGUCUUCUCAUCUGCUGGAAGGAGAUUCAUUGACACCAGAAUACUUAAAAUCAAAAUAUCAACUAGAAUUUUGUUGCCAUAUGCUGCGAGGAACAAUAGAUCCAAAAGAGCAACCUACAUAUGAAUAUGUAAAAUUCAUAGGAAAUUUCAAGUGUUUGAAUAAUGUUCCCAACUCAGCGCAAAAUGGUUUUGAAGGAACUAUUCAGCGAUCACACCGGCCUUCAUAUGAAGACAAAGUUUGCUUUGUAGCCACUGUUAGAUUAGCUACACCUCAAUUUAUCAAGGAAAUGUGCACCGUUGAAGAACCCAAUGAAGAGUUCACAUCUAGACAUAGCUUAGAAUGGAAGUUCCUAUUCUUGGAUCACAGGGCACCUCCAAUAAUAGGUUAUCUUCCGUUUGAAGUUUUGGGAACAUCAGGAUAUGAUUAUUACCAUGUGGAUGAUCUAGAUAAUCUGGCAAAAUGUCACGAGCAUUUAAUGCAAUAUGGGAAAGGGAAGUCAUGUUACUACAGAUUCCUUACAAAGGGACAACAGUGGAUUUGGCUGCAAACACAUUACUAUAUCACGUAUCACCAGUGGAAUUCCAGGCCAGAGUUUAUUGUCUGUACGCACACUGUUGUAAGUUACGCGGAAGUUAGAGCAGAAAGACGACGAGAACUUGGUAUUGAGGAGUCUCUUCCAGAGAUAACAGCAGAUAAAAGCCAGGACUCUGGAUCUGACAAUCACAUAAACACAGUGAGUCUCAAAGAAGCUCUGGAAAGGUUUGAUACCAGCCCCACACCUUCUGCUUCCUCCAAGAGUUCAAGAAAAUCUUCGCACACUGCAGUAUCAGAUCAUUCAUCAACACCAACUAAAAUGACAGUGGAUUCUAGCACUCCUCCAAGGCAAAACUUACCUGGUCAUGAAAAGACUGCGCAAAGAAGAUCAUCUCUGAGUAGCCAGUCUUUAAGCUCCCAGUCUCUUGGACAACCAGUAGCACAGCCAACAGUAUCUCAGCCUGCAACUGUACAGCUCCAGUCUGGCAUGUCCCAGUUUUCAGCUCAGUUAGGAGCUAUGCAACAUCUAAAGGACCAGCUAGAGCAAAGAACACGCAUGAUAGAAGCAAAUAUUCAUCGACAGCAAGAAGAGUUGCGCAAGAUCCAAGAGCAGCUUCAAAUUGUCCAUGGUCAAGGACUCCAGAUGUUCUUGCAGCAGUCAACUUCUGGACUCAACUUUGGUUCUGUGCAUCUUGCUUCCGGAAAUUCUUCAAAUGUUCCUCAGCUUGCAUCAGUAAACAUGCAAGGUCAAGUUGUUCAGACUAAUCAGACUCAAAGUGGGAUGAACACUGGCCAUAUAAGUACUUCUCACAUGAUACAGCAACAGCCUUUGCAGAGUCCUGCAACACAGCAUAAUCAACAAAAUGUACUUAGUGGACACAAUCAGCAGUCUUCUCUUGCCAGCCAGUCACAGAACACAGUCUCGGCACCUUUGUAUAACACUAUGGUGAUUUCUCAGCCAACAACAGGAAAUGUGGUCCAGGUUCCUUCUAGCUUACCACAGAACAACAACCAGAAUGCUGCUGCAGUAACCACUUUUACACAGGAUAGACAAAUCAGAUUUUCUCAAGGUCAGCAACUUGUAACAAAACUUGUCACAGCGCCAGUAGCAUGUGGAGCAGUAAUGGUACCAAGUACUAUGUUUAUGGGACAGGUGGUGACAGCUUAUCCCACUUUUGCUGCCCAGCAGCAGCAGCCACAGACUUUGUCAAUAACGCAACAACAACAGCAGCAGCAAAGUCAGCAAGACCAUCAGCAGCAGGUCACCACAGUUCAGCAACCAGCUCAGCCGCAGCUGACCCAGCACACCCAGCAGUUCCUACAGACAUCCAGGUUACUUCAUGGAAAUCAGUCAGCUCAGCUUAUCCUUUCUGCUGCUUUCCCACUACAACAAAGCACUUUUACUCAGUCCCACCACCAGCAGCAUCAGUCUCAGCAGCAGCAGCAGCAGCCACUUUCUCGACAUAGAACUGACAAGAUGACUGAUCCUUCCAAAGUGCAGCCACAAUAGCGCGGGGCUCUGCCACUUCUCGAAGUGAACUACCACGAGGGGGCUGCUCCGCCAGCAGUGGCACUGAGGCUACAGAGGUAGCAGUACAAAGGCUUUCUAACACCACAGUGUUGGGAUCAGCUUCUAACUUCUGGAAUCUGCUAAGAAAAGCCACAAGAUGAUGACGGGGGACAUGGCCAACUUUGAUAGUUGCCCCAGUUUCUUGUUCUAAAGGAUUUGCUGCCAUGUGUUGAUUUGUCCAGGUGAAAUCUCAAAAUGUGACUGAAAUGUGAGGUAUGCUGAAAAUAUUGGGUUUUUUAUCAAUCCUGUACAUUUUUUAAGUAUUAAAAUGGACUUGGAGCAAUUGUUUGAAUUAGCAGAAGAAAAAAAAAAAAAAAACAAAUGCCAGGAAUAUAGUCCAAAAACCAUCUAAUUUUUUUUCAGAUGAUUAUAGGACAGUAAAUAUUUUGAAAAUGUUGUGUGAAAUCCAGUUCUCUGUUGUACAGAUGCUGUAAAAUAUUGUGUAUAUGUCUGCAUAAAAGGAGAAAGAGCAAAAUAUUUUAUAUGAUGCAUGAAAAUGUAAUCUGUUAUUUGUAGGUUUGAAUAUGUUUCCCUAAAUUCUCACACCAUACUCAGACUAAUGUUUUCCUCUGUUCUACCCUUUUGUUUACAACAUGAUGCAUCAUUAUUUUUCACCCUUAAUGUGGGCACAAGUCUCUUGUUUGUGCUUUGUCUGUGAUGUCAGGGUUUGUUCGGUGAGGUUUAGUGUGUUGGUUUGUCGUUCUCGAGGUUAAAUUAUUGAUGAAGCUGUUUGAACUGGUGAUCAUUCAUCGGGGUUCAGGACAUUCAGAUUCAUGAAUAUCAUCCAUCAUUUCAUAAUUGAUUCAUCGCUUUAUUUGAAAAACAAAUAGGAAUUUGCACUGCUUUCUUGUGGGUGGUUUGGAAUUUUAUUCCCCAAAGCUAUCUUUUGAUAUAGUUCAUAGUUGGAAAUAUUUAUGUAAAAGGUUUAAAAAAAAAAUAUGACAGUAAUUUUCAAGAAUGUUUCAGUUAUAGGAGUAAUUUGCACAAAAAUAUAUUUACAUUUAAUAACCUUUUGGGCACUUUUUAACCACUUUCUCUGUGGUGAGAAUUGUAACUUGUUAAAAUAUGUUGGAAUCUUUUUAUUCUCCUUCAAAAAUUAGAACUGAUUCAGGGUCAUUUUAACAACAACAACAAAACCCAUAGUGCCUUGAUUUUAAUUCAGGUGAUAAUGUUUAACAUCUUGAAUUACAAUGUCUUGAAUCUGUAACCAUUUUCAAUUUUGAAGUCUUAGUACAUUGUCAGCCAGACUUGUCUAUCUACUUCAUAGAUAUUUCUGUAAUUGUGUUGAUUUUAUAGUGGUCUGAGUUAAGACCAUGAUCAUUUUGGACUGGUACUCCCCCUCAAACACUAGCCAGGAACAGAGGAGUCUCUCAAAUCUCAGACUUGGAAGGUAAUACUCUUUAGAAGAUUAAAAGACCUAAAAGUACAGAACUCCUUUUGCAGGAGGAGGAAUAUUAAGCUGAUUUUGUUGUUGUUGUUGUUGUUUUGGGGUGUUCUAUUUUUAUUCAUCUUCAUAGCAUUUAAAGUGUUUUAGGGGAGAUCGUAAUUGCAUUCAGCACUACCAGACUAUUGAUUUAAGAGAUAUCAUUGAACUAAGACUUCAGAAGGCAACUUCACUUGAUAAAGAAAAUAAAAAGUUCCAACAGAUAUGAUGUGCUAUUUUAAGUAAAUGUUCAGUAGGUUUUUAUGGCACUAGUUUGUGGAAAUCAGAACUUCAGAGGAAAAUGAAUAAAUGCUGAUAGAUUCUGAUAAUUAAAAACAGUAAAAGCAGUUGAAGUUAGUACUAGAGAGGGAAAGCUGGAUUAAGCUUGAAUACUGAGGAGGAGUUGAAUGAAUGUAACCAAAUGAUGAUGGACUGGUUUGUACUAUGAAACAGUUUGAUUGUAUUGCUGGAUGAACCAAACCCACAGGAAGGUGUUACCAGUUUAGCCAAGCAUGUUGGUUGCGUUUUGACGCUAGCCUUUGCCCCUGCAUGUGUCCUAUCAUUAGAUCUUUGUUAUUCCCCAGUUAUAAAGCAUUUGGCACCAAAAAGCACGGAAGUGAAUAAGGAAGGAGAGAGAAACGGUACCAAAGAGAAUCAGAUUGCUUUCUGCUUCAAGAAACCUCUUGCAACCUGGAGCAAGGAACAGAUGCCAAUACCAAACAUAGCAAGGAAUACUCCCCUUCUGUAAAGGGAUUUCUAGCAUUCUCUGGGUUGGAAUACUUGUCAGAAACCUAUUUGUGUAGAGUUCUAUGUGCAGAAAUCCUGCCUGGCUCUUGUAUUCCUACUGUGCCAUUCCACCUGUUUCUGAAUGAAGCUGCGUUUGACUACAGAGGUCUGUGCUAUCAGUACUUUAGCUUAGUGAAAAAUAGGUUAGAUAAAAACAUAACCAAUUAUAGCACUAAAAAAAAACUGGAAGAGCUUUAAUAGUGCUGUUAAACUAUUGAAUAGGGGUAAAGUGGGUUUAUUAAACUAUUCAUACUGCGAAUUACAGAAAAUAGAAAAUCCCAGCCAGGUGGGUAAUGGUGCAGCUUUUUAUAUAAAGCUUCAUUUAAAUUUCUCUUUCCCAUUUUCCCCUUCCCAAAUACUCUAGUGUGCUGCUAUAGGUCUGUUGGUAAAAAGGCUAAACUAGGUGAGGGAGGAAUUAGAUGAUGACGACAGCAUGGCUGCUGAAAGAGAACUAUAGAAAUGUACGCUUUGAUGAAGAAGCUUUUUGUAACCUCAGAGAGAGGUCAUUCAGUUACAGAAGUACCAGCUACUACAGAAAGGCUUAGAAGAUGGGGAAAUUCAUAGAAACUGGAAAAAUAUAGCACAUGUUUGGAAAGUUCAUGCCACAAAUCAGGCAAACUUCUGAUAAAAGCGAGUAUGUAGGACUUGGUCCUGAUUCUGUGCAAGUAUGCAGAUGCUUUGUUUCACAGGUAGUGACUACAAAGUGUGUAUCUAAAGGCUCUGCAGCUUCUCCUGUUGCUGAAUCAAUUGCUGAACUGUCCUUGAUUUUUAAUGGGAAGAGGACCAGGCUGUCACCUCUUUCUUAAUCAGCCUUUUGCUUCUGCCCGACUCAUUUACCACUGUCAUAGACUUAUUUGCAACAUCCUAAUAAAUAGCAUGAUAACGGAUGCUGUGAUGCUGCAGGUUCUGGAGCAUAACCUUUAGGGGUUGACUCUGACAGAAGGGAAGGAGUCUGUUAAGGAGAGGACUGGAUUUCUGAAGAAAUGAGCUGGUGAUAACGUAAUGGAGUGAAAAGGCAGCAUAGUUGCAUGGAGUUUAGGAGACACAUUGUUUGCCUGCAAUGGGUGAGGAUUUGAAGAAAAGCUUCUAUGAUAACUUCAGAGAAAAAGAAUAUAGCUAUUUUUAUAUUAUAUUUAAUAUAUAUUAUAUUUGUAUAUAAAUAUGAAAGGAUUCUAGUAGGAGCUCUCCAUAUGCCUUCCAUUUCAUCUAGAAGGUUGUUUACCUUCUGCACUACAGUUCCAGUGUGUCACCACCACCUUCUGUGGGCAUCUCGCCUACUGCCAAACACCAAAAUGAGUAACCCAGUAUCCUUACAAGAGAUAGAUAGGUUUCAUUUCAGCUUUAUGUAAAAAUGAAUAAAAGAAAGCUGUAUCAGGCAGUUUUUCACAGAAAAAGAAAUUAUCUUAAGACUCAAAUAGCACUUUGUUUUUGAUUUUUUUUUUUUUGUGAGUAAUAACAAGCACUUUACUGAAGAGAUUAUCGGAAAGCAGUUUAUUUAGUCAGUGAAACUGUUUAAAUGGGGGGGUGGGGGGGUGGUAUCCAAGAAUAACCUGCAUAGAACUGUCAAAAGAGGCAUUUCUGGAAAAUGUUUCUUUAACACGGUGAUCCUUUGAGGCUCAAAGUGCAAGGUUAAAAAGGCUUCUAAAACCGGUUGCCUUUGUGUUUUACACAGCAGCCAGGGGAAGGGAUAGCUGGUGACAGCUUCCCUGGGAGGAGGGUUUGUAAAUUGCACAGUUGCCUAUGAUAGAGAAUCAUCUGGAGGCUCAUUUGCCUGCUCAGUAGUUGUAAGUGUCCCUUAGGAUUCUAAUUUGUGUGGAAAUGGUCUGAAGGAUUAAAGAUGUGGCCUUUUUAAGAUGUUGAAGUCGAUUCAAGAACCAUUUCUGUUUUCAGAGAUUUAACCCAGGUGUUGUCACGAGGUUUUAAUGUCAUGGCAUCGGGAGAUGUCAAAUGUGUCAGAUUCUCUAUUUGAAAUAAUGAUUAAAAGUAGAUGCACAGUCAGGGAGCUGGAAAAUGGUUAUUUUCAUUAAAAGGGAAAAGAGACUAGUUUUAAUAAUUAACCUUUUAUUUUUUUACUUAUCCCUGGUGGAAACAGUUGAAGAGAAUGAAAUGAAUAUGGAUGAAGGAAAGAUUUAAACAAAUCAUAGUAGAUGAGACAACUGUGAGAGAACACUUGGAAUUGUCUUGGUCGUCCAUGAGACUGGACAGUGGCUUUUUCAUUAUCAUGAUUUUUUAACACUACAUUCCUUGUUUUGUUUUUUUUUGUUUUUUUUUAAACAGGUGAUUUUAAGCUCUGCUCUGCUUCAUGCUAUGUCAUCUGCAUGAGUUUUGCCAGCAUGAUAUGCUAUAACUCAAAGGAAUUGUACCUAAUUAAACCAGGGGGGUGGGGGAACACAAAACACUGUGUCUGAACAAAAUACUGUAUGGCCUAAAUAGAGACCCCAGCUAAGACUGAGAGAUGCUGCAUUAACAGACAAUCAAGGGGUGAUUAUUUAUGAAACACUUCUGGGAAUGGUCUUAAAGCUGUUACUGCUUUGAAAGCAGUUGGUCAGUUGUUUCUUAGCAAGCAAGGUAAAAAUUACUUUCAGGUACAUCCGGUUGAAUUUUGAGUUUUGAACAGUGUUGAGUUCACAGUGGCUUGGGUUUCAGUUCUGUAUGUUUUUAACUGGCAUUAGAUUUGUAUACGUGAAAGAAAACAAACAGAAACACCCCAGUUGAUGUCAGGAAAUGUAGAUACAGUUCCCUGGUAUUCAUGUGACCAUUACUAACUGUCAAUUUUUUAACUGAAUAAAUGUAACUCAUUUAAAAUCUU